AUGGCGCUGCGCACUUACUUCCGGCCCCUAUGGGGGGUGUGUGAAACAAAUGAAGUAAUCAUAGGCGAGUACAAUGGUCUCGGUGCUCAUCGCACUCCCGGGGCCCACGCUCCGUCCACGCCGGCGACCCCGCCCCGACGCCCGGGUACCACCCCCUCGUGCAAACUCUCGGAGUUGAGAGGUCACGCCGGAGGGCGCCGCCGCGAGCUCCGCUCCCGACCCGGGACCCGACGGCCCGGCAGUCCACGUCGGACCCGCGGCGCGGCGCUCACCCUGGCGGGCAUCCCGGGCCGCAUCCUCCUCACCUGUAACCUGCAGGACCUCCUCCAGUUCCCACUCCCCGUCCCCCGUCGCCCGGGCCGACCCCUCCGGCCGCCGCCGGCUGCCAGGCAUUGGCGAGGAGCGCUGUCAAUCAGCGUUCGGGCGGCAGCCCCCCGCGCGGGGGCUCGGAGAUGCCAGCCUCGGCGACAGGCGGCGGCGGCGGCGGCGGCGGCGCAGACACACGCCCUCUGCCCGGCGCGCACAGGGGCCGAGCCGGCGGCGGCGGCUGCGGCGGGCGGGCGACGGAGACACCCGCGGCCCCCGAGUGCGGAGGGGACGUACGGCGACGAGCGGCUGCCGAGACCCGACAUGGAGGAGGAGAUGUCCCCGGCGGCGGCGGCGGCGGUGGCGGCGGCGGCGGAGGAGGGGCCCAGCGUGGCCAAAAUCUACAAGCAGCGCGGCCCCUACAGCGUCCUCAAGACGUUCCCCGGCAAGCGGCCGGCGCUGGCCAAGCGCUACGACAGACCCACCCUGGUGGAGCUGCCGCCGCCGCCGCCGCCGCCGCCGCCGCACGUGCGGGCAUCUCCGCUGCCGCCGCCGCCGCCGCCGCCGCCCUUCGCGCCGCUCGCCGCCGGCUCCAUCAGCAGCAGCGAGCCGCCGCCGCCGCCGCCGUUCCCGGUGCAGAGCGCCUUCCCCCCGGGAGCGCCGGGCCGCACCGCCGCCGCCGCCGCCUCGUCGUCGUCGCCGUCCUGCACGCCCGCUGCUUCCCGAUGCCACCUGAGGACUCCGCCGCCGCCGCCGCCCACGGCCCCCGCCGCCUCCUCGUCGUCGUCCUUCGCCGCCGUCGUCAGGUACGGCCCCGGCACGGCCACCGCCGCGGGCAGCGGCAGCGCGGCUAGCGACGGCGGAGGAGCGUGCCUGGAACUCAGCGCAGAGAGUCGUAUGAUCUUGGAUGCGUUUGCCCAACAGUGCAGUCGUGUUCUUAGCCUUUUAAAUUGUGGAGGGAAACUUCUGGACUCCAAUCAUUCUCAAUCCAUGAUUUCUUGCGUAAAGCAGGAAGGUUGUAGUUACAAUGAAAGACAGGAACCGUGUCACAUUGGGAAAGGGAUCCACAGUCAGACCUCAGACAACAUGGAUAUAGAGAUGCAGUAUAUGCAAAGAAAACAACAAACUUCUGCCUUUCUGAGAGUUUUCACCGACUCUCUCCAAAAUUACCUGCUCUCGGGGAGUUUCCCGACCCCGAACACCUCAUCCGUCAGCGAGUACGGCCACCUGGCCGAGGUGGACCCUCUCUCGACCUCCCCGGUGCAUACGCUGGGCGGCUGGACUUCCCCAGCCACGUCCGAGUCCCAUGGCCACCCGUCCUCCUCUACGCUGCCAGAGGAGGAAGAGGAGGAGGAGGAGGAGGGCUACUGUCCUCGCUGCCAAGAGCUGGAACAGGAGGUUAUUUCACUGCAACAAGAAAACGAAGAGCUCAGGAGGAAGUUGGAGAGCAUCCCAGUGCCCUGCCAGACAGUCCUGGAUUACCUGAAAACAGUGCUGCAGCAUCACAACCAGCUCCUCGUGCCGCAGCCUGUGGACCAGCCCGCCGAGGGAAGCAAGCAGCUGUUGAACAACUAUCCCGUCUACAUCACGAGCAAACAGUGGGACGAAGCCGUCAAUUCUUCAAAGAAAGAUGGGAGGCGGCUCCUGCGAUACCUCAUCAGAUUUGUUUUCACAACCGAUGAGCUUAAGUACUCAUGCGGCCUUGGGAAAAGGAAAAGGUCAGUGCAGUCAGGAGAGACAGGUCCUGAAAGACGCCCUCUGGAUCCAGUUAAAGUCACGUGCCUCCGAGAAUUCAUUAGGAUGCACUGUACCUCCAACCCUGACUGGUGGAUGCCUUCAGAGGAGCAGAUAAACAAAGUAUUCAGCGAUGCUGUGGGUCACGCCCGGCAGGGGCGGGCAGUGGGGACUUUCCUGCACAACGGCGGAUCAUUUUAUGAAGGGAUUGAUCACCCAGCUUCACAGGAUGAAGUCUUCAACAAAAGUUCACAGGAUGCAUCGGGGGAGUAGUGGACAGAGUUCCCAUUGCAACCACUGGUCCUUUAUUUAAGAGCUCCAAUUGUGAAUGUCCAUUUACUGUAGCCCAAAGCAUGUUACUCUGUUCUUUACAGUCUCAAAACUUUCUUGACCUGCUGCCGCAGUUCCCAGAUAGAAAUCCACUUUAGGGGUGUUUGAGAAAUCUCUGAUAACACAGUGGACUUGAGGACAUGUUUGUUAUGUUAUGAUGUUAUGUUAUGUUAUGUUAUGUUAUGUUAUGUUAUGUUAUGUUAUGUUAUGUUAUGUUAUGUUAUGGUUUAGGUAAAGCAAUUGCUGGCUAGAUGUUGAGGGUGUCACCUGUCCCCAAAUCUGCAGGUAAGCCCAACCUUCUAAGCAGAGCUGGUCUCCAUGGAAGGUUGUGGAUAAGUGUUCCUGACUACGAGAAGGAGUUAUUUUAAGGGACAAGUAUUCUCUUACUUAAUUCAAGUAAGUUUUUCUUAGAUUUCCCAAAGACUUGAAUCCAGAGUUCUUAGCAAAGACCGAGGAUAAGUGACACUGUAUCUCUGUGUCUUAGAAAAGCUACUGUUAAUAAGCCAGAAAACAAAGGCCAUUUCUGUAGUGGUUCAGUGGAAUUAGCUAAUUUCCUGUUAUUUUAUAAAUAAUACUCAUGUUGAUCAAAAAGGCAGUGUGUGAUUUCUGGAGUUUUUCUUUUAUGUCCAUCAAGAAACAUCCAAAGAUCUAAAACCAUUUUCGAAUUCUUGAUUUCAUAGGCUCAUCGAUGAACAGUUUCCAUAGCCUUAAAGUCGUGCUUUGUCGACACAAUGCCAAGCUAGCAGUUUGGUGCAGGAAGACCAAACACAAGGUGACUCAUGGCAUUUACAGAUUGCCUGAAGUCCUGGCAUUGUAGGUACAUAGCUUCAAGGCCAUUCUGACAACUAUGCAGUGGGCUUGUAAGUAAUUUCUCCAAAACUUGAAGGGUUUCCUAUGGUGAGUAGAGGUUUUAAAUUUGUGUGGUAUUUCUGUUUCCCAUUGUCGUGGAUGAAACUUUUCAUCCAGGUGAACCUUUCUGCCAAUAUUCCAGUACGCUCCAAGCUCUAAGCUGGCGCUGCUCUUCUUCCCUGGUUAAUUUGUAGAAUUCCAUGUGCGGAGUAAGUGUCUUUGAAUCGUUUUCUUCCCAGUAAUAUUAGGAAAGAAUCUUCAUUGUUGGGGUCUUGGUUCUAUGAAGAUUUAAUUAGUCAGCAUCCCUAGACUUUUGUGUUGAACCAUGAGCUGAGUGGGAAGCAUUUAUUGAAGAUUAUUGGCAGCCUUUGAAAAUACAGCAGAAUUUCAGACCCCUGAGCAUCAGUUUAGAAAAGGAUUUCUUGGUUACUUUUUUUGUCCAAGUUAAAUCAUAGAUUAUCUUCUGCAGUCAAUAAUGAGUGUCCUGUUUUGAGCAGUUGGCUAUUUAGUUUAGAAGUAAACGAAAUAAUGGCAAAUGAGACAUUGCCUGUGGCACAUGAGGCCAGUAGCUUUGUCUAGUAAAGAAGACUAUUUCUUGGUAUGUCAUCAGAGAUCUGGAAAGUCAGUCUUAAGAGAUUCUUUCAUGCCUGACAUCUGGGUCUGACCACCACCAUCACCCCAUCUGGCUUGUAGGGACCCUCACUGCUGAGGGUGUUGUCUUUUUAGAACACUGUUUUGAAGAAAAAUCUUCCAGCCUGUAUUGUCAGAUAAGCUUUGGGGCCCUGUGCAUUUGAGUGGCAUCUAGGAUUUCUGUGUAGCGUUAGUCUUGACUGAGGGUGAUGAGGACACUAUGCUCCCACUCUCCAUGGCCUUGACAGGGUCAUGCUGCACCCCAGCCAUGAGCAGGGGCAGGAGCUGAGCCACUUGGACGGCUUCUGUGCGUGGCCUGAAUACUGUCUUUUCUCUUUCAGCACUCCUGGUCUCUCCUCCCCUCUGUUCCCAUACCAGGUGAAUUAUUGCUGCGUCUGUGGUUUUCCAGUCUGUCACCAGUUCUAGAAUGUUGAGACAGAUACUCGUUUCAUUGCCGUGUUGCUUAAUCUCGUGACGAUUUCCCACAUGGUCACCCGAGUUUAAAAUUGGGAUCCAAGAUGGAUGCUCAUUUGCUCUUUGGUUAAGGCCUGCGCACCUUUGUGAGCACGGUUAAGAGCUAGCUUCCUUUUAAGAAUCUGUCACCAUGGUUGCCCUGUGAGCCUUGCACUUGUCUGGAAGUCUGAAGGUAUUGCUUUUAUCAACUUGAUUUGAUUUUCUGUAUUUCUGGUCUGGUGCACUUAAGACCAUUGCUAGCCGUGAAAGAAGAAGAAACUUCCUCUGUGGCCUUGUAGAUGUCGCCUUGGGUCACUUCGCAUUGCUGUGCAGUAGAGUGAACCACAGCUGCUCGGGACGCGGUUGUGCCCGGCUUCAUUGCUGGUGGCAAGGCUGCCGUGACCAUCACGCACUUAAAGUGUAGGGUAUUUUCGUGUGACUGGUUGGAUCCAGAGUCCUAGCUGUCAGAAGGUCCAUAGUUAAAAGUGCCAUCUUGGUAGUCUCAUGUUUCUCCAAUUAAAAUGUCACCAAGGUCAUAAGGGCUUCUCUGCCCUCAAGCACAAAUCCUUUAAGGCUGAGGAUGAGCUAAGAAUGACCUCCAUUAGGGGACUUGGGCUGGGAGCCUGUGGAAGGGAGCAGUGGUGUGCAUGCAGGCAGUAAGAGCAGACUUCUAACAGCUUGUUGUUCGGCAUCUAGUGGUUUAGUGUUAAGUGAAGCAUUUCCAUUUAUAGGUUCCUGUCUUGCUUGGAGGCGUUUCCUCCGGCCCUCACCCCUGGGCGUUGCUAUCUGACUGUCCCCACUCCACCACAGCAUUUAGGUGACUUGUCAUUAGUGUUUCUUAAAGCUUCAUUAGGAAGGUAGCAGGUAAUAACCAAAUUCAACACAUUGUGGUUUUCUUUGGACCAGGGUAUGGUUUCACAGCAGUAG